AUGUUUGGUCAACAGGAAGACAAUAGGAGCACAACAGCCGCCCUCGUCACCCCAGUUCUCCUGAAAACUACCAGCCUCGACGGAAGCGAUCGAGCAGCGUCAAUCGAACCUGGAUCCCAAUACUGCCGAGCCUCUGUUCAAAGUAAAGCGCUCUUAUUGGCCGUACUCCCCGGCGAAAGAAUGGUUUCAUCCCCGAGCCCAUCAUCCACCCGCGAAGGCCUGCAUCGACGGAACAUGAAACCUGAAACCCAAUCCCAAUUCAUCCGCCGCUUGCGCCGCUCAACCCCCUCAGAAUCCUCCUCCUCAUCAAACACAAAUCCAAACGGCGGAAAGAGCAAGAAGCCACCGCCCAAUGCCUCCGACUUUUAUGUGCCGUCACUGCCGGGCCAACCGAAGGACUCCCAGCUGAUACUAUAUGCAGGACACCUCUCAUUCUCGCCGCCCGAGUCGACGAUCGAGCCCGAGAAGGAUUCCUACGGGUUCUUCUUCCUCAACAAGGCGCGGCACAUAGCCAAUCGACCGGUGCUGUUGGUAUGGCUGAACGGCGGGCCAGGCUGCUCGUCCUUCGACGGCUCGUUGAUGGAGGUCGGCCCGCUCCGGAUGGUCCUCAAGGGCGAAGGGGCCCUCAAGGAGGUCGAUGCCGCCUGGAACGAGUAUGCCAACAUGCUCUUCAUCGACCAGCCUACCGGCACGGGCUACAGCUACGGCCCUAAACCUAACUACGUCCACGAACUCGACGUCAGCUCCGCUAACUUGGUCAACCUUCUCGCCCGCUUCUACAAAAUCUUCCCAGAGUAUCAGAAAAUGGAUCUCUACAUCUGUGGAGAAAGCUUUGCUGGACAAUACAUCCCUUACCUCGCUCAAGCGAUUCUAGAUACCAACAUCAUCAGUGCCCCACUGAAAGGAAUCAUGAUAGGCAACGGAUGGGUCGACCCGAUCAACCAAUACCUGGCCUAUCCAGACUUUGCCUUCAAGGUCGGGCUCGUCAACCCGUCCUCAAAAGCGGCCGAGCAGGUCAAGGCGGAGCACAAGAAAUGCACCGAAUGGAUCGAGUCUAAUAACACUACCACCCCCAUCCACAUCGAGGCGUGCGAGGGCAUCCUGGGCACCAUCACCGACUCCACCGUCCAAACUGUGAAUUCACAGAAGAUGUGUCUGAACAUGUACGACGUUCGACUCGUGGAUACGUAUCCAGCAUGUGGCCUAACCUGGCCGCCGGAUCUCGCGGACAUCACCCCUUACCUCUCGCGGACGGAUGUCAAGAAGGCGCUCCAUGCCCAAGACCAUUCGGCCGACUGGGUCGAAUGCGAGGCCAAAGUGGGCAACAACUUCUGGGCCAAAACCUCCCAACCCUCGAUCACCCUGUUCCCUAAACUCUUGGACAAAAUCAAAAUCUUGCUGUUCUCCGGCGAUCAAGACCUGAUUUGUUGCCAUACGGGUACCGAGCGAAUGAUUGAUCAUUUGACGUGGGGUGGACAUCAAGGAUGGAUCGACAAAGCCAGCAAUCAGCAGUGGAAGGUCAAUGGAAGCUAUGCAGGUCUCUGGAGGGAAGAACGAAACCUGACCUAUGUCCUCGUAGCCAAUGCAUCUCACAUGGCCCCGUACGAUGUCCCCUAUGUGACUCAAGACAUGCUGGUCCGGUUCCUGGAGAUCGAUGUGAUGACGGCAGCGGGCCCAGCGGCGCAGAUCACGAGUCGGAUCGGGAAGGAGUCGGCGACGACGGUGAACCGGGUGUUACUAAACGAGACGAAGCUAGCGCAGGGCGGAGCAGGGACGGGGCUGGCGGCGACCAAGGGCCCGGUGCAUGACGAGAACUACUACAACGCCUCCUCCGCAAUGGUCUUCCUCGGCCUCGUCGGCCUCGUCGUCGGCCUCAUCUUCUUUGUCCGCAGACGCUUGCGCAGAAACGGCCAGGGCGACUUCGCUCACCUCCCCGAGGAAAACGAAAUCAUCCUCAAACACCAUCCCUCCUCUCCCCCCACGCCUGCCCGUCGGCCCGUCCGCGAAGCCCAGUUCCAGCCCGUGCCUACCGACGACCUCGACGACCAUCUCCAUCCUAACCUUCCUUCCAAUAACACAUCCUAUCAGGACUUGCCUCGCUAA